ACCCACGUGUCUAUCAAACUAUAGACUUGUUCUACAUCAACUUACAUUGGUGUGUUUUUAAAAAAAAUGUGAUGUUCAACUUUAUUGACAAACCAACGGUUAGGAAAUUAAAUUUGAAAUUCAAGAUAUCGAUUCUUUAUUAAGCUUCUUUCAGACAGAGUCAAAGCUAUAAAUAUGCUCAGACUAAGAAACCCGAGGAACCCCCACCCACCGCCAUUGCCAGCUCCUUUAUCGAGGUUUUAUGCAUCUUCAAACCCCAUUAAGAAAAAACAUUUCCUUUCCCGAAGAAAACAAAGCCAGAGGUGAAUUCCGCCAUUAAAGACUCAAACUUGAAGCGACCCGAAGAAGAAAAGAGAUGGGUGGUCCAGGAAAAGAAAGCGAUUCAUCCAUCGCUGAAAACAAGGAAAACAUCUGCAAUUUCUCAGCCCCUGUUUCUGGUAAUGAAGACGACAAUGAGAAUGUCUUGCCCGAAAACAGCUCCUUGUCUUCGAUCCCAAAACCAGAUCGAGCUCUCAAGUCUUUGUCGGUGAACGGAAAUUCUGGGUAUCCGAAGGAGGUUACAGAUUUCAAGUCUUUCUCGACGGGUCGAACGGCCUUGAAGCAGACGUCGCUUCAGGUCUGUAUGGAGAUGAACGAGCCUGACAAAGGUGGUUUCGGCGUUAAAACGUGGAACAGUGUCGAUUCUGAUCAUUCAAGUUCGUUAAAGGUCUGGGAGAAUUCGGAUUCAGAAGCUGCUCCCGCUUCUUCUUGGUCCACUUUGCCCAAUAGAUCCUUGAUGUGCAAGACUUUACCUUUAGACGUCGGUAGAUGCACUUGUGUGAUUGUGAAAGAGCAAUCUCCUAAAGAGUUACGGAGUGGAUCCUUAUACACACUCUAUACCCAUGAAGGACGAGGCAGAAGAGACCGGAAGCUAGCGGUCGCUUACCACAGGAGACAUAAUGGGAAGUCUGAAUUCAGGAUAGCCCAGAAUGUCAAAGGGUUGUCGAGUAAUUCAGAUGAUAGUUAUGUCGGAACCAUGACAGCUAAUCUUAUGGGCUCCAAGUACUGCAUUUGGGAUCAGGGAGUUCGUCUUGGUUCUAUAGAUAAACAUUUGAAGCCGCUUCUUUCUGUUGUAACAUUCACACCCACUAUAGCAACUUGGACGGGGAGCUACAGAAGAAUGAGAGCUUUCAUUCCAAAGCAACAACCGGUACAGAAGAAUCCAAAGCAGGUCCAAAACGUCAGCAAGCUGCCCGUUGAUUGGCUUAAGAAUAUGGAGAAGGUUCAGAAGCUUUGCUCAAGGGUACCACAUUACAACAAAAUAUCGAAGCAGUAUGAGUUAGACUUCAGAGACAGGGGAAGAACAGGGCUGAGAGUACAGAGCUCAGUGAAAAACUUUCAGCUGACACUUGCGGAGAACGGAAGGCAGACAACUCUGCAGAUGGGAAGGGUGGACAGAACCAAGUAUGUCACCGACUUCAGGUACCCGUUAUCAGGCUACCAAGCAUUCUGCAUUUGCUUGGCUUCCAUUGAUUCCAAGCUCUGCUGCACUGUCUGAUCAAGAAAAGUGACGAGUUCAACCUCUGAACACGUCCAAGAAUCACAUCUUGUCAGGAUCAUCUUAUUCUAGUGUUCAAAAGGUGUCAUCUUUUUCAUAUGAAACAUGAAUCUUUUACCAGAUCGAUGAGCCUUCAUCAUAGAUUUCCUUCAAGAAAAAACAAUUGAUACAUAGAUUGUUUAUUACAAGCAAAACAAAACUUUAACCAAUAUCAAAUCCUGUAAGUUUUCCCAGAUU